UUGAUUCAACAACACUAUAAGAAACCGAAGAAGAAAGAGAGAGGAGAACAAGAAAGAAAAGUGGUCCACUGUUUGCUCUUAUCUCAAUUCCCCAAACAAUCUUUCUCCAAACUCGACUUAAUUGCUAUCCGAAUACAUACCACAACUCAACCGUCCAUCCACCUAUUUAUGUUGCUCAUUGAUUCCCCACACUUUCGGUUGUCUUUCGAAUUUUUGGCGUUAGAUCUCUAUAUGGAGUUUGGCGACGGAGAAUAUGGAGGCGGAGGCGAAGGAAAGUCGGCGGCGGAGACUUGCUCUGUUUGCUUGGAGGCGGUGACGGCCGGCGGGGAGAGGUCAUCGGCGGAGUUGCAAUGCGGCCAUAUAUUUCAUCUCGACUGUAUAGGUUCAGCAUUCAACAUUAAGGGAGCAAUGCAAUGCCCCAACUGUCGGCAGAUUGAGAAAGGACAAUGGCUCUAUGCCAAUGGUAGCCGCGCAUUGCCUGAGACUACUACGGAUGAUUGGGCUGGUGAUGAGGAUUCGUAUGAUAUAAGUUUUGCUGAAAUGUCUUUUGGAGUUCAAUGGUGUCCUGUCAGUGGUUUGACUAGGCUCCCAACUUCUUUUGAAACUCUCUCUGGCCUUGUUUGUUUAAUAUCCAGAGAAGGAGAAUUUCAAUCAAGCGCCUAUCAUGAUCUUCUGGGGCAAGGUGUAUCAACUACUCAUCCCCCUUGUCCAUACAUCACCUAUGUCGGCCCAAUCCAUCCAUCUUCCUCAACAUCGAACCAGAAUGGCCAAUCUGCCACAGGUGAAACCUACCCAUUCCUUUCAAUGGAUGUUAACUAUCACAUUUGGGACCACACACCUUACACCGCAGGUAGCCACCACUCGAGUGCUGCUGCCGAGCAACCAUCGAUUCCGUCAAUGACCCAGACAACAUCUAGGAAUAACUACGACGUGCCAAGAUCCGGGAUGCACCCUUUCAUCAUCGGUCACAGUUCAGCUAAUAGAGCACCCGCUCCUGGUUCCGUUGCCUCAUCCAUAGUUCCCACUUACCAUCUCCCGUCUCUUGAAGCAUAUAUUCAGCAAUCAUCCGGCAGCCAAAUCGCGCAAACCUCUCUUACAUCAUUUGCUCAAAGUAGGACCAGCAACCAAACUGGUUUGGCUCAAGCUGCACCAAUGGUCUCUUCAUCAGCAGACCAGCUAGGCCAAUUUUACUACUACUCAUCAAACUCUAGCGGUCGAGCCUUCCAAGAAACUGCAAAUACCCUCUCCGAUCCGGCCUUUCCCACGGGGCAGGUCAGUAAUAAUUCAAUAUGGGGCCCUUUUCAGUUUCCGACCAGUGGAUCCUCCACCAGUUAUCAUCGCCGGAGGCACAGAUCCGAGAGGAUGCCAUCUCAAAACUGGCUUUAGAUAUUUAUCUCAUAAUGCUGUGACUAAAGACUUUGGACAACUAUGAAAACAGUAAAUGCAAAACCAUCUAGUGUCAACGUAAUCAUCUCUUUUCCCCCAUCAUGUUAAUAAAAGUAAAUUGUUUCCGAUCAAAAAAAAAAAAAAAAGCAAA